AUGUUUUGGAUAUGUUGUGUCACCUAGGAACUAAUGUGGCCCAAGGAAUCUGUUUUUGACGGACUGUGUAAUGUAGCACCACUGGUCCCAUCUUGGUUUGAGAGAGAAGGGAGAGGAAAGCAAACCGUCCAUAUUACAGCUGCUUUGUCAGCACUUUUCACGGUGAUGGACCCUCCUGGUGGGGGAGACGAACGGCGGAGGCAGGCAGAGCGUCUUCGACGGGAGGAGGCCUACUAUCACUUUAUCAAUGAAUUGAGUGAAGAGGAGUAUCGCCUCAUGAGAGACAGCAACCUGCUGGGCACCCCUGGGGAGGUGACUGCUGAGGAGCUGCGGCAGCGUCUUGAUGGAGCAAAAGAGCGUGUUUCAUCUCAGCCCCGUACUGAGCAGCGCUCGCAGACUGCUGAUUCUGGAGAACAGCAGAGCAGUAGCGGUGAGGGAGAGGAGAGAGGGGCUGGAGGGAGACGAGGGGCAGGGGGCACAGAGUCUGGAGCAGAAACCUCUAAUGGUGACUCAUUGCUGGAGUGGCUUAACACCUUCAGACGUACUGGUAAUGCUACUCGCAGUGGGCAGAGUGGCAACCAGACAUGGCGUGCCGUCAGUCGGACCAACCCAAAUAGUGGAGAGUUCCGCUUUAGCCUGGAGAUCAACAUCAACCAUGAUCAGCCAGAGCCGGGGGAGCAUAAUGACACUGUGGACACUGCAGAACUGCCUGUGACUGCCCCAAAUACAACGUCACCCUCCAUACGUGCUCCUUCCUCCUUCUCCAACCCCCGCCCUUCUGCCAUGUCGAGGCCAGCUCCGUACCCUUCCCCCCGCCCAGCCCUCAGUAGGAGGAUGCAGACACGACGUACACGCAGCAGCACUGCCACUCUUUCUAUGAGCCCCCCUGCACUUCCUGCACCAGUGCCCCCCCCAGCUGCUGCUCAGAGGAGAGGCGCCACUUUGCACACUUUAGCACCACCCCCUGCUCUUCCCAACCCUCCUUUUGAUCAGACUACAGCUUCACAACAUCAAGCCCUCAAUGCAGAAGUAGAGCAGGGGCAUGAUGAUAUGUCUGCUCCUAUAGACUGCCCCCGUGUAUCACCCCAGUCUGGGUCUCAGGCCCCAGCAAUGGGACAUGAAUCACGUGGCAGUAGGACUCGAUCGCGUGGUCGUGCACGCAGGGCUGCAGCAGGGGGUGGGGUUUCAUCCCGCUUGUCUAGAAGAAGCCGUUCCCCUUUGCACAGAGCACCUGUUGUCAGCACCACUCCACCAUCCAGCAGUAGUGUUAGUGGCUCUAGCAUCCACACUGUUGAGCCAGGCAGUGGCACAAGCUCUGUUUCCAUGGAGACAGGAGAGGCUGUGGCAGAACCUGCAGCUCUUACAGAGCCAGCUGCAGAGACAGGAGAACGUGAGAGUGAAUCACAUGUAAUAGGAGCAGGAAGUUCAGCAGUGCGACGGCACCCAACCAUCAUGUUGGACCUGCAGGUGAGAAGGAUUCGACCUGGUGAAAACCGUGAUCGGGACAGCAUUGCCAGCAGAACACGAUCGCGUGCGCGGGUUGCUGAGAAUACUGUCACAUUUGAGAGUGACAGCGGUGGAUUUAGGCGUACCAUUUCCCGCUCUGAGCGAGCUGGAAUCCGCACCUAUGUUAGCACUAUCCGAAUUCCACUGAGGCGCAUCAGUGAGACAGGCUUGGGGGAACCCAACUCCACCGCACUGCGCUCCAUCUUGCGUCAGAUUAUGACUGGAUUUGGGGAGCUGAGCUCCCUAAUGGAGACAGAGGCUGAUUCUGAAACUGUUGCACCUAGCCAUACAGAUGCUAUUGGCACAAAUAGUAACACUAGCCCAGCCAGCCGUCUGCAUACAAAUGAGACUGCAGCUGGCCAGGUCAGCACAGGUGGGGUAGAUCAGGAGAGGGUGGGGCUAGUGGGAAGUGAAGACGACCAGGGUGGGCAGGCCAGACUCGGAGGGGCAGUGGUGAGCACCACAGAAGGACGGGCCACCAGCAGAGACACCAACAACCUGGUAGAAAACGGUACUCUACCCAUCCUGCGGCUGGCGCAUUUCUUCUUGCUCAACGAUGAAGAGGAUGAUGAACACCCCAGGGGCCUGACCAAAGAGCAGAUUGACAAUCUAUCCACACGUACCUAUGGUCAGGCCAGCCUGGAGGGGGAGAUGGGUCGUGCAUGUAGUGUCUGCAUCAAUGAGUAUGCCCAGGGCAACAAGCUGCGCCGUCUGCCCUGCUCUCAUGAAUUCCACAUCCACUGCAUCGACCGCUGGCUCUCUGAAAACAACACCUGCCCCAUCUGCAGGCAACCCAUACUUGCAGUGCAUCAUGACUGACCUAUUUGCUCACAAACACAACUGUCAAGUUCCUGGCUGGCUGAACUGAGCAGACCCAAGUGGGCUUUGCAUGUACAUAGCGCUUUCAUGGUUUAAUUUCUUUGAAAAUAUCCAUUGUGUCGAAGUUGAAGAAGGUUGAACCAAAAGUGCGGAAAAAAGAAACUAUAAAUGCAGAGAAUUAACAAAACUUUAUUUUUUUAGACUCCUUGUUUUCAGCAACGUAUUGUUUUAUUUUCUUCUUCCUGUGACCUGUUUUGCCGGUCUCUGUCAAAGCUUCAGAGACCCAUGUCAAUGGAUGGCAUUAAUGCUUAAGGAGCUCCUGUAGCCGCUGCUGACUAGUCUCACUUUAACUCUUUAAUGUCUGAUAUAUGUGACGGCUCUUUGUCACAACUGGACUACACAAAUCACUUCUAGACUUGAUUUAUUCAGUAUAAGCUGUAAAUAACUCACUCACAGUGCUUGUAUUUAAGGGUUUUGAAACAAGACGCUCCUCACCUGCCAUCUAUUUAGAAAGGAGACAGGAAACCUUUUUUUAAGAUUAACCGUUUUAAAGCUUCAACAUCCAUUUUAGUGUGUCCCAUUACAGUUGGUUAAGAAAUGUAUGAUUUAUUGGGAUGUGUAUGAGCAAUGUAUUUAAUUUUGAAAUAAGUUUUAUUCUGUACUUCUGGUAUUAUUUUUGAAGCCCUCUCCAUACAUCUGUCCCAUAUAAUUCUAGUACAGAAUUCAUCCAUAAAAAUAACCCACUAAAAUAGGCCACUUUAAAAUCAUUACCAUUAACCACAUGAGCAGCACAGUUCAAAUGAAAGCAAAAAGCAUGUGAUAAUCAGGAAUUCAGAGUUGUAAUUUAGUAUGAGUUGUGCAAUACAGAGAGAAAAGACAGUAUUGUUUGUUUUGCUGUUCAUUGUUGUUUACAUUGUAUACAUUGUAAUGCCUGAUUAUCAUAUCCACUUAAAAACCAAGUCUUGUAAACCCUGAAAUGAAUGUUUCCUCUUGGUUCCUGUUGCUUAUUUGGAUCCAUACGUAACAAACACCCUGGGACCCACGUCAUGAAGCUGCAUCAAGUAGUAGUGAAAAACCUGGAACAAUAAUUUAAAUAAAAAAUUAUUAAAUUUACAUUUUUUUUUAGGAUUAUUUUUUUACAGUUUUCCAGCUAAUUCAAAAAUCUUUCUUCAUGAGAUAGGUGCUGGAAAAUUGUUUAUGUUUGGAGCAUCUGCUACAGCUCUGGCUUAAUUUACUGCUAAUGAGACCUAUUAACAACAUAUUUCCUCCUAAUUGGGUUUUUCAUAGUGCAAUGGUUGCAGUCUGUUUCAGUUGCAGUACAUCACCUGACUAAGGCAGAUUUUUCCAUUACAUCCACAGAUAUUGGCAUUUCUAAUGUAGCACAGGUGAAUUAUUUAGCCGAGCCACCUGGUCUAUGUGUUCCCACCAAGGUCACUUUGUACAUCAACAAUAACACAGGAGCUACUACAUCUCUGCAGUUAACAUGUCACUAACAAAACUGCAGGAAUGAUGCAGUAUAGUAUGUAAGAAUGUGUGAGAGUUGGGUAGGUGUGUAUGGGUUAAAUGUGUGUGCAUGUGAGUGAGUUUGUAUGGAUGCUGAAGGAAAAGUCUGGUGUCCCAAUAAAGCUGGUUAUCAGAAGGCUUCUGUCCAGUGAAUGUCCACCUUGCAGGCUUGGAGGGGGUUAUGGCCACUCAGCGCAGAGGCGAAUAUUUAUUCUGUUCCUAUUUAAUAAGAUGGAAAUCAACUUUUGAAAUAUGAAUAUGUAUUAUGUUACAAUGUGUGAGAGUAAAUAAAACCGUUAUGAUGAAUAUGUUACUACGUAAUAAAAUGAAGACAUGGGUUUUCUUCUCUGCUCCUUAACAAUGGAAUAAAAUGCAGCUUUGUUAUGCCCGGA